AUGCCGGCUCGUUGCGUGAGGGCCGGCAGGUUGCGGCGGGGUGUUCCGCCUCCGUGGGCGAGGAGGUGGGGUGCAGGGAUGUCCCGAGGCUAUGGAGUAAGGCGCCGGGUGAGGUCUUCAGUGCGGCGGAUGCUCUGUGCAAACAUAGGGAGGGUGCAGAAUGGUCGGCGGCCUUUACAGAGGACUGUGGAGCCUGCAGUAUCCCCGGGGGUGAAAAAGGCCGUUGGGACAUCUGGGACUGCAGGCUCGAUUGAGGCAGCAGUGGACCCUAGGACAGUGUGGGUGAAUGGGACUGUGGGCGAGCCCGAGGUGGUUGGGCCUGCUGGGUCUGUGUGGGUGACUGUAUCUGGGAAGGAGGAGCUAGACAAUAGGAGCUCACCGAGCUGUGAGAGAAAAGGUCGUCCAGGAACACUUGGCCAUGAGAGCAUCCUGGAACUGUGGUUGAAGGUGCAGGCUAUGAGGGUAGCUUCAGGAUGCUGGGAAGGAAGCAGAGUGGAACUUCAUCCUGUUCCUGCGGGAGAGGGGCCAGUCGAGAAGGGUAUUCCUGGGCGAGCUUCCUGGGUAGAGACCAGCCGAGAUGGUGUUACAGGACCAUGGGUGAGAGGACAUACUAGGACAUUCCCCCGGACCUCAGGACUGCCCACAGCUAGGGGAAUAGGGGCAGGUUGUGAGAGAGUCUCUAUCUUUUGUAGGCAGGGACAAGCUGGGAAGACCCCUGCUGUGGGUGGACCUCAGAUAGUAGAGAAGUUAGGCUGUGCUGCCUCUGGCUCUUGGCAAAAAAGGCAAACUGACGAGGUGCCUGAAGCCAUAGGAUGGCCCAGAGCUGGAGACGUGAGGGAAUGUGGGGGUACUUCGUGUCUGUGUGAGGAAGGGCAGUCAGUGCAGGUUUCUGGGGCUCUGGCAGAAGCUGAAUAUGGGCAUAUGUUAUGGCAAAGGGAGCAAAUCGAAGGGGGCCCUGAUGCCUUGUUCGUACUACCCAGGGCUAUGGAAGAUGAAACUACCUCCCAUGGGGGCCCAGGUGUGUGGCAAAGGAGACAAGAGGUGGACGAUAUAGGUUCUAGGGGUAUUCCCAGCUUAAGGACCAUGGGACAGCCUGUAGGAGUGCUUUGUGCUAGAGAAGAGGAACCUAGAUGUGGAGGUGACCCAGGGUCAUGGGGAGCUGCACAGGCUGCAGAACUGUCUGCCUGUGAGGAGCAAGAGAUAGGUUCUCGAGGUGCCCAGGGCCUGUGGGGUGUGGACCAGGCAAUGGGGGCACCCAGGUCUUUAGGGAAGGAGGCAGAUGAUGCAAGUGCUCCAGGACUGUCAGGAACAGGACAUGUGCCAGCUUUGCAGCCUGUGGUGAUAUCAGGAGAUAGGGAGGAAGAAACCAGCUAUGAUGUUUCAGGUCUGUGGGAGAGGCAGCAGGCUCAGGGAGCUCCUCUGGCUGAGCCAUUACCAGGGCCAGUUAUGGAGGAGACUUACAGUGGGAAUCAUCUAAGCCUAAGGGAAAGGAGGCAGGCCACAAGGGAACAGGAGGCUCAGGAGCCUGUAGCUUUAGGGAUACCUAGGGCUGUGGAUCAGGAUGUCAGAUGGGGAGCUCUCUCAUGUCCAUGUGGGAGGAGGCGGGCUGUGGGACUGAUUGAAGCAGUUGUACCAAAGCAUAGGUGUGCCACAGAAGGUGGACCCUCAGCUCUGGGUGUACCUGCUGCCUUGUGGGUGUGUCAGGAAAGCAGCUCUACAGAUGGUGUGAACCUGCAGGGAAGAACUCAUGUUGCCUGCAGGAGGCCCAUGGCUCCUGAGGAGUACUCAUCUGUGGUAGAGGAUACCAAAUCUGGGGCUCUCCCAUGCUCAUGGGGAAAGAAGCCAUCUAUUGGGGUUCCCCUGGCUCCUGAAAUACAUGGUUCUCUGAAGAUAGAGGCAGACUCCAGAAGUUUCUCAGGCUUAUCAGGAAGGAGACAAACUGUAGGUGUACCUGUGGCUACAGGCGUAUCCUCAGCUGGUGUGGGUGUGGCUCUCAGGGCAUCUAGUUCUGUAUGGGAGCAUAGCUGUAGGAGAGCCUCAGACUCAGGAGGCAGGCCACCUAUAAAGGUAUCAAUGACUGUGGGGCUCCCUGAGUCCAUGGGGGAUGAGACACUCUCUGAGGGUUUACAAAGAAGGCCAUCUGCUGUGAUGCCUGUGGCUGCUAGAAUUUCCACAACUGUGGGAGAGUCCACAGUCUCUGGGCUCCUUGGGCCUCACAGGGUGAUGGAUAGAGGCUGUGGAGAAAGCUCGGGGACAUGGCAAAGAAGACAAAUGACCGAGGUACCCACUGCUGCUAGUGUCCCUAAACUUGAGAGGGAAGCAGGCUCCAAAGGUAUUAAUUUGUGGUGGAGACACAGUGGAACAGUUCCUGAGGCAGUGAGGGAGGCUUCGCAUCAGGGGAUGCUUGCAGGUGUUGGGGUUCCCAUGGUCAGACACGUACCUGCGGCAGUGUGGGUGACUGGGCCCUCUGCAGAGGAGGCAAACGAAGGUGUCUCUGACCUGACACUGGUUAAGAGACUGUCUACUGAGGGAGUAAUGGCAUCAGGGGAAGAAACAGUGAGUAGAAGGAGCCUGGGAUUUGUAGGGAGGAGCCAGGCUGUGGAAGUGCCUUACGCUGGUGAGCUUGGUGCCAGGAUGUGGGGUGGUCCAAGGUCUACAGUGGAGGAAACAACCUAUGAGAAUAUUCCCAGAGUAUCUGCAAUGAGAACAACUGUGCCGGCACUUUCAGGGGAGGAAGUAGGCCUUGGCCAUUUCAGAGAUGAUCUGCAGGAGAAUGGGGAGAGAGCUGUGGGAGGGAUUCCUGAAGCUAGAGGGACAGUGAAUGAUUUGGGAGAGAUGGGGGAGGGUGGAUUGAGGGGCACCUUCUAGUAGGUAUAUAGAAAAGAGUUGGAGAUGUCCUGGGGUUCUUGGGAGGGAAGAGGUUGGGGAACAGUUUGUCUUGAUAUAGAUGAAGGAA